AUGAGUUACACUGACAACCCUCCUCAAACAAAAAGAGCUUUAUCGUUAGACGAUCUGGUGAAUCACGAUGAAAAUGAAAAGGUUAAAUUACAAAAAUUAAGUGAGGCGGCUAAUGGCAGCAGACCUUUUGCCGAAAAUUUAGAAUCUGAUAUAAAUCAAACGGAAACGGGCCAAGCUGCUCCGAUUGACAAUUACAAGGAGAGUACUGGUCAUGGCUCGCACUCACAAAAACCUAAAUCACGCAAGUCAUCUAAUGAUGAUGAAGAAACCGAUACGGAUGACGAAAUGGGUGCAAGUGGAGAAAUUAAUUUUGAUUCAGAAAUGGACUUUGACUAUGAUAAACAACAUAGAAAUUUACUAUCCAACGGAUCACCUCCUAUGAAUGAUGGUAGUGAUGCCAAUGCGAAGUUAGAAAAGCCUUCUGAUGAUUCAAUUCAUCAGAAUAGCAAGAGUGAUGAAGAACAGAGAAUACCGAAACAAGGUAAUGAAGGGAACAUUGCCAGCAACUAUAUAACCCAAGUACCUCUGCAAAAGCAGAAGCAAACUGAGAAGAAGAUAGCGGGAAAUGCAGUAGGAAGCGUGGUCAAGAAGGAAGAAGAAGCGAAUGCAGCUGUAGAUAAUAUUUUUGAAGAGAAAGCUACUUUACAAUCAAAAAAGAAUAAUAUCAAGAGAGAUUUGGAGGUUCUGAAUGAAAUAUCUGCGUCUUCCAAGCCCAGUAAGUACAGGAAUGUUCCAAUUUGGGCACAAAAAUGGAAACCUACUAUCAAAGCUCUUCAAAGUAUAAAUGUGAAAGAUCUCAAAAUUGACCCAUCUUUUUUAAACAUUAUUCCCGAUGAUGACUUAACAAAGUCAGUACAGGACUGGGUUUAUGCUACAAUAUACUCAAUUGCUCCUGAACUAAGAUCCUUCAUUGAGUUAGAAAUGAAAUUUGGUGUUAUUAUUGAUGCGAAAGGCCCAGAUCGUGUAAAUCCACCAGUUUCUUCACAAUGUGUUUUCACUGAGCUUGAUGCCCAUCUAACGCCUAAUAUUGAUGCAUCUUUGUUCAAAGAGUUGAGCAAAUAUAUUCGUGGUAUUAGCGAAGUCACUGAAAAUACAGGUAAAUUCAGUAUUAUUGAAUCCCAGACAAGAGAUUCCGUCUAUAGAGUCGGACUAUCCACGCAAAGACCAAGGUUUUUGAGAAUGAGUACAGAUAUUAAGACUGGGAGGGUAGGACAAUUUAUAGAGAAAAGACAUGUAGCCCAACUACUAUUAUAUUCACCAAAAGAUAGUUACGACGUUAAAAUCUCCCUAAACUUGGAAUUACCUGUACCUGACAACGAUCCGCCAGAAAAAUAUAAAUCUCAAAGCCCAAUUAGUGAAAGGACGAAAGACCGUGUUAGUUACAUUCAUAAUGAUUCCUGUACCAGAAUUGAUAUUACAAAAGUCGAAAAUCAUAACCAAAAUUCAAAAAGUAGACAAUCAGAGACCACUCACGAAGUGGAACUAGAAAUCAACACGCCUGCACUGUUAAACGCCUUUGAUAACAUAACGAACGAUAGUAAAGAAUAUGCAUCUCUUAUUAGAACGUUUCUGAAUAAUGGUACAAUUAUUAGAAGAAAGUUAUCGUCUUUAUCAUAUGAAAUUUUUGAAGGUUCAAAGAAAGUCAUGUAA